UCUGAAGUCGUUUGUGAUGAGGAAUCUCGUAUUCUAAGCCGAUUUUACGCUAGGUUGUGUGUUUAUGUCAUAUUUCAGGUCCUGGCGUUGGAAUCGAGGCGAAGGAACGAGUUCUGGAUCGAAAGGAGCGAAGAUUGGACAAAGGAUGCUGCUGGACCAGAAUACCCGGUCAAAGGAAGAAAUACCCGACCGGGUAUAUUCUGGC